CACUACGGGUACGAGUAGUACGUAACGGUACGAGUAAUUCAUGUACGCAAUCUUGCAAAAAGCUUUCUCGAAACAAUUUCAAAAUUUUUGACGAAUCGCAGGAUUCCAACAACACCACGCACAUUGUUUCUUCCGAUAGUACGGUGCAACUGCUCUUCAGGAUGCAGAGUUUAAGAACACAGCGUAGGGGUAGGCCCUUUUCAAGAAUAGCAGCUGUCGCYGUUGCAGCAAUUGUGUCGAUUGUGGCUACAGCACUGGCACCAGUAUUUGGGUUUGCACCUCAGGCGUUCGUAUCUUCGAACAAACCCACCAGAUUCUUUGAAAAAUAUGUGGAUGAACCUAUCUGUUAUCGCACAGAGCGGUAUUCCCGGUUGAUUUCCUUUUCCUCCAAGUCGGGAUCUCUGGAUGUGAAACUGUUGGAAGAAAUUCGUUCCAUGAGGGUGAAGGAACUAAAGGCAGAAUUGACAGAACGACGAAUUUCCACCGCCGAUGUCUUCGAAAAAGAGGAGCUGGUUCAACGGCUCUACGAGGCAAAACUGAAAUCGCCCGAUCCGACAGAAACGGCUUCUGCAUCAACAAAAAGAACUUCUAGCGMWWCCUCCUCCUCCUCUGGUACUAGCACUGGCGUCCUUUGUGCCGAUCUGUUCUUCACUUCGGUCGACUCAGGUAGAUCGAUGUCGGGCAUGGAUGGCAAUUCCCAAAGUGUCACUAUCAAGGUCGAGGACGUAAGCGAUCCCUAUCCCACCAUCGCCAUUGAUGUCUACGAUAGUAGUGGAAGCAGCAGUGGUUCGUUCCCGCUCAAACUCCUCGUGGACACGGCCUGUUCCGGACUCGUUCURCGUCCAUCUGUAGUGCAAAGGCAUUCCUCCUGCCUCAAAUCAUACUCGACCCCGGUCACCAUGACUGGAGGAGCCGGCGCGGCUGCAAACACUGGAUUGACCCAGAUCCAGAGCUAYUCGCUCCGAGACUCGGCGGGUACACAACCCAAGCGACUGGGUCCGCUCCCCGCAGCCGUCCAGGACAUUGGUGCCCUUCCACUAGAACUGGACGGCAUUCUUGGUCUUUCCUUGCUCAGCCAAUUCGCGUGCACAGAACUCGAUCUGGAGAAUGCUCGCCUCAAUCUCUACGAGACCGAGUACAGGCCACCCCUUGCAAACGAAAACAAAGAAAUCGUUGUUGCCGAAGCAGAACUGUCUCCAACGAAGCUUGGAAUCUGGACGGUAGAUGUUUCUUUUGCAGUCGGAGGGAGAACGGGUCGUCCCAUAAAAAUGCUGGUCGAUACCGGUGCUAUGGCGACCUUUCUCACCUGGAAGGGUCUGGAUGACAUGGGACUUGGCCUCUCUAGGUCGUCUCCGAGUGUACGCGAGUUGACCCAGCCCAUGGGGGCCAUGGGAUCCGACAACGUUGCCAUGAGUUUGUCCCACCGAAUCGAGCUCGACGCGGAUGCUCCCAUUAGCUUUGGAAGGAAGUCGGGUCGGCWGCAGCAAGAGCAAUUGGGUCUUUCCAUCGCAAGUAAGAGAAAGGACGGCAAAGAACCAUCUCUGCCCAUUGAUAUUGGCAACAUUGGAAUAUUGGAAAACCAGCUCGCCUCGGACAACGUGGUUGGAAUUCUGGGAAUGGACGUCUUUUCCAAGGCCUCAAGGAUACGAAUGACCUUUCGGGGUCCGGUUCCAAGAAUCACUUUCUACCAAAAGAAAGAAAYAACUCUGUCCAAGGAUGAAAUGAAGGACGCGACUGCUGCUGCCGACGUCGAACCCGAGAAGCACACCGCAAAAACGGAGGAUGCGGCUCCGGUGGAUCCCGUAGAACCAGCAGCAGCACCACCGACAAAGGGCCUAGAAGCACGGGGGGAAGAGCCGGAGACCAAGAAUGCUGUUCCGACGAUGGUCGAAGCACCAACGCGUAAAAAGAAGAAAAAGAAGAAGAAGCGAAGGUAUGACGACUAGUGUAGGURUAAUAGCAAAUUUAG